AUGGCGGCCAUGGAACAAGAAGUCUGGUCGAAGAUUGGGUUUCAGAAUGAACUUCACGAAUAUUCUCAAGAGCACUACAGGCCUUCGUACAGUGAACAUAUAACCAUGGCUGCUGUUCGGCUGUGGAAACGACUGAAACAAGGCGAAUACUCGUUCUUCCCAAACUACACCGGUCAUGGGCUCCCUCAGAUACCGCUUUCGGCCAUGCCUCGCGACGUUCCAACACAGUUUCCAUUUGAGCGAAGAGGGAUCGUGAAAAGUUCGCAGUCAUGCCCAGGUGCAGGAUACGCUCCAUCGGUAUCCCCUCAGUCAUAUGACAGCCCGAAAAUGCCUCCUGAAUACUCUAUCGCAUCUCCGGGAUAUCUUCCGGUACCAUGCUCCAUUCUCACACCUCCACCGUCGGACAACUCAUCCUCGUUCUCCGACUCCUUCAGUUCGAAUGAUUCUCUUUUGGCACAACCGUACAAUCCGAUCUUUGCUGAGCCGCCCCAGCAACCUCGUGCUGGAACUCCACCCACAGUCAGUGAAGAAUCUCUCAACAGGGCUCCACCACAGGAUAAUAAGCUUGUUGAGCACCACUUCGAUCCGUCUAUAUUGACCGAGUUUCUCCUCCCUUUGGAAGAGCCUCUCGCAUGUUCGCAACCUCCAGCCUCUCCUGCUGCGCCGACGACACCAAGGGCUAUCGAAUCAGACCUGGGUCCAGCCGCGACCUUUCUCAAGCCUUACAGCGAUUUAGGAGUGCAGGUACAUUCCAGAUACUAA